AAGUUUACCACCCUGUGAUAUUACACACUUCUAUUCAAACUACAUCCCCAUAAUCCCAGUGUUAUCAUUCAAUUUUGGAAGCCUUUUCCAAGGCCUCAGGUCAAUGCAGUGUUUGCUUGGGGGUCAGUGCCUGUCAGCACAGAAAGUCCAAAAUUCUCAGUGCCCAGGGUUCCAACAGUCAGUGAGUGCUUCAGCAGAUGAAGCUUCAUUAGACUCAGGUUUGAUUUUUUUGUAAUGUUCUCAUUUAGCAAAAAAAAAAAACAAAACAAACAACAAAACAACAAACAACCAAAAAACCACCACCACCACAACAAAAAACCCAAACGACCCAGCCCCAACCAAAUAAAGGAAGUGGUGUAGAAAUAUAAUUAUACAAUCUGAGAAUAGUCCCCAGUGGAUCUGAUACCGAGUGAAGAUUGUGAGUGUAUGUGUUGGUUCCAAAAGGCAGCAGUUCAAUAAAUCAAGGAAAGGAGGUGGUAAAUGUCAACUGGAUUGAGAUGUAAGGGCCUUGAUUGUGCAAGAGACCUGGAAUUCCUUUGUUUGCAAGCUGUUGUUAGUAGCCUCAGAGAAGAAUAGUGGAAAAAAGAUCCAGAAUACCUGUCUAAAGAAUAAAUCUAAAUAAACUAACAAGAAUUAAGCAGGAAGCCUACAGGGAAUGCAGGAAGAACCUGAAAUCAUGAGGACUUCCACCCACAUCUGAAAAGCACACAAUGAAGGAUUCACCCUAAAAAAGCUACAGAGCAUUGGGUUCUCUCCAGAGGGACUGUGACAGGAGUGACCUCCAGAAGCCCAAGGUGGGACACACAGGCUGGAUGUGGCAGAGAACAGAAAGGGGAGGCACUGACUUCAUCUGGAACUGAGGAGGCCAGAGGAGUAUUUUGAGGGACACCGGGCAGCAGGGUUUGCCCUGGGAUCUGCUCUGGCCAUGUCUCCUCCAGUCCCUUCAGAGCUGGGCUAUGUCCCCCCCGAUGGCGGAUGGGGCUGGGCAGUGGUGUUCGGAGCCUCCAUCUCCAUUGGCUUUGCAUUUACCUUUCCCAAAGCUUUCACAAUCUACUUCAAAGAGAUCCAGGCUGUUUUCAGCGUCUCCUACAGCCAGCUUGCCUGGACAACAUCCAUCAUGUGUGCUACCACCUACGGAGGAGGUGUGUCCCACUGUGUCCCGCGCCUGUCCCGGGGCUCGGCAGGCGCCGGGGGGGCGGAGCAGCGGGCUGGAGCCGCGGUCUGGUUUUUGCCCAGUUCCACGUGGCACUCCUGCCCCAUCCCGCUCCCGGCACGGCGGCUCGGGGCGCCGCGGGACCCACCCGGACCCGCCCGGACCCGCCCGGACCCGCCCGGACCCACCCGGACCAGGGCUCCCGGGGAGGCUCCCUGCCCGGCCAUGCCGGCGCCGGCCGAGGCGGGGCUCGCCCCGGGCCCGCCGGAUGGCGGCUGGGGCUGGAUGGUGCUCCUGGGCGCCUUCGUUUCCAUCGGCUUCGCCUACGCCUUCCCCAAAGGCUUGGCCAUCUUCUUCAAGGAAAUCCAGACUUUCUUUGGCACGUCCUAUAGCGAGGUGGCGUGGAUCUCCUCCAUCAUGCUGGCCACCACGUAUGGUGCAGGUCCCAUCAGCAGCAUCUUGGUGAACCGCUACGGCAGCCGCCCCGUGGUGAUGUUUGGGGGGCUCCUGUGUGGAGUGGGGAUGAUCUCAGCUGCCUUCUGCACCAGCAUCCUGCAGCUCUACAUCUGCGUGGGCUUCAUCACAGGAUUUGGCCUUGCUCUCAACCUUCAGCCAUCAGUGAUAAUCGUAGGGAAAUACUUCUUGAAGAGAAGACCCAUUGCCAAUGGCCUUGCCAUGGCAGGGAGCCCCGUGAUGCUUUGCACCCUGGCACCUCUCAACCAAUUCCUUUUUGAGAAUUUUGGCUGGAGGGGCAGCUUUUUAAUUCUUGGGGCAAUUUUAUUAAACUGCUGCGUGGCAGGAGCUCUCUUCAGACCCAUCGGGGCACACACAGCACCGUCCAAAACCCCGGCGACUGAGGAAGGGAAGGAUGCUCUGAAAGGAAAGAUCUCUGAAGAUGGCCCCAUGGAGGAGAACAAACCAGAAGAGGAAGGAGGAAAGGACUGCUUUGAAAAAAUCAACCAGUACCUUGACUUCUCCCUCUUUAAACACAGAGGGUUCUUGAUCUACCUGAUCGGGAACGUGCUGAUGUUCCUGGGGUUCUUUGCCCCCAUUGUGUUCCUGGCGCCCUACGCGAAGCACACGGGCAUUGACGAGUACUCAGCCGCCCUCCUGCUCUCCCUGCUGGCCAUCGUGGACAUGGUGGCUCGCCCCGCCACCGGCGUGGUGGCCAACAGCAAAUGGGUGAGGCCCAGGAUCCAGUACUUCUUCAGCUUCGCCAUCACCUUCAACGGCGCCUGCCACCUGCUGUGCCCGCUGGCCUCGGGCUACACGGGGCUGGCGGUGUACGCCGGCUUCUUCGGGCUGGCCUUCGGCAUGGUGUGCGCCAUGCUCUUCGAGACCCUCAUGGACCUGGUGGGGGCCGCGCGCUUCACCAGCGCCGUCGGCCUCGUCACCAUCGCCGAGUGCUGCACCAUCCUGCUGGGGCCGCCCAUCGGAGGAAUUCUUAUUGAUACCUUUGGGGACUAUAAAUAUAUGUUCAUUAAAUGUGGAGCUGUGAUGGUCCUGGCAGGAACCUUUCUGUUCAUCAUGAAUUAUUAUAAUUAUCGUAUGCUUGCCAAGGAGGAGAAGGAAAGAAAGAGGAAGGAAAGAAAAGAAGAGGACACUAAAUCUGUAAGGACAGAAAAUGAAGGCAAAAGGAACUGGAACAAAGACUCCACACAGGAUGGACCUGAGCUGGAACCUUUGAGAGAGAAGGGAGAAGGAGAAAAGAAGGAAAUGAAUGGUGCAGUUGAAGUUUAAACCUGUUCUCAUGGGCUGAAUGGGAAAUGACUUCUGGGUUGCUCAAGUGAGCACCAGCUGUGAAAUCACACUAGAUUUUAAAAUUUUAGUCUCUUCUCUGCCAUGUGCAUCCUAUUCUUUGUAGUAGGAGAAGACUACAACAGAAACAAGUCCUGAUUCUGAUAAACUGCUGGGACACUGCGGUAUGCACUUGCAUACCAAAGGUCCUGCAAGAUUUUCGUUUAGAUAUUUCCUAUUUCCCAGAGAAAAGGGAAAGGUGAUGUUCUGCAGGAUGCCAGGAUGAGGCUGACAUGAGACAGGAGUCCUUCUUCAGGUGCUUUGUCUUUGUGAGGCAGAAAUUCAGUCUUAGGCUUAACCCUUGACCUACAUUCAAACAGUGCAAAUUUAAUUUUUCCCUAGGAGGUUACAAAGUCCUUAUUAUCCAAUUUCUGUGUGCCUUACCAUUUCUAGAGAGCUUUUUCUUUACAACACCCCGGUGAGACACUAAGUGUUGCCACUAUUAAUUAAUUGUACUAAUGAAGAACUGAAGCACAGAGGAGCUUUGGGCAUCAUUGCAUCAGUGAAUAAAGCUUAGGCGUGCCAGAGCUGAAAUCCACUGCCCUGAGUUAGCUGCCUAAAAGCCCUGCUGACACAGGUAUUCCCUUGCUAGAAAAUUGGGAAUACAAUGGACAGUGGUGCAUUAAACCACAGCCCAUUCUGCAGAGCACUCUGCUCACCGUGUGCCUCACACUGCUCACAGUCAGUGAUUUUGAACACUGUCUCAGAGCUGGGACCUUGUGCCAUAUUUUUUUUUUAACCUGCUUCAGUUGCAUCCAUCCUGGAGGGAAUCCAAACCCAGCUGCCUCCCCCUUGUUUGAUCUGGAGUGGGCACCCCCCUGGUGCUGGGCUGCAGCACCUGCUGGCCUCGUGCCCACCUGUUGUAUUAAGGAAAAUUUGCUCAGGUCAGGGUGCAGAGGUGGAGCUGAGACCCCUUAGGAGGCUCUCACUCAUCCUGUGGUGAUAGUUUUGAUCUGGGAAGAUGUGCACUCUGAUGUAUUUUAUGCCAAGCAGCUGCUGCCUGAGAGCCGUGGAUGCUGAGCGUGGCAUCAUGCAGUGAACCAUCAGGCUUCUGUUGAAUUUCAUGGAUUUGAUCAGAUAAAAAACAAAGAGUGUUCAGGAAGAUCAUCCAAAUCCAAACCCAAAACUAGUCCAAAGGUUUGUUCUCCUUUUUUCUUUGCUUCAUUGUACCCAUAUGAGAUCAGAUAAUAUUUUUUCAUGGUUUUGUCUUCAAAGAACUGUAUUUUCUUGUCACUUGUGUACACAAUAUGAAGAAAGACUUGUAAAAAUACAUAAAUACACUGUACUCUUAAAAUUAGAUCAUUCAUAUCUUCUUGCAUAAAACCUUCUCUGUGAGUUCUUUUGUUUCUUUGAAGAAUAGUGGUCUGACUUCAGUAGGUUUUAAAUUUUAGCCUUAUGUCAUAACUUGUAUUUUCUUUGGAAUAAACAAAAUCUAUAUGAAAUAAUUAGGCCUUCAGAGCUUGUUUGUAAUACCCUUUAUUUCUGUCCAAUAUAUCUAUGAUAUUUCAUUUAAAAAGGCAUUAAUAGAAGGUCAUUAAUAUUUUCCAAUAUGCCUUCUGUCCUAUACUGUCAUAUACUUAAUAAAACUAUUUUAAAAAAUUAA